UGCCAAUUCAAUGCCAAAUUAAUCACGAAGGCGAGCCUCCAAGCCAAGAAAUUCAUGGCAUACCGUGCGUGCAACUAGUAGUAGAGUAUUAAUUCGACAGCCCACACCUUUCUUCCUCGUCGCCCCAACAUUCAGGCAACAGCAACGAGAUCGGCAAUGACGAAGACCGGCAGUUCGGCGGCCACGGGGCGGUGGCUCUACCUCUCCUUCUACAACUGGGCCGUCGUCGUCGGAUGGGUGCAGGUGUUGUACUGUGCGUCAUCGGCGCUGCUAGAUAGCGGCCAUGAGGUGGUCUACGCCACGGUCGAGUGGCCGCUGCUGCUUGCGCAGACGGCCAGCGUCAUGGAGAUUCUUCAUUGGAUUCUAGGGAUCAUAAGGUACCCGGUCUUGGAGACUCUUCCACAAAUCACUGCAAGGUUGUAUCUCACAUGGGGCAUCUUGUGGAGCUUUCCUGAGACACGUUCUCAUAUUCUUGUUACUUUCUUGAUCAUUAGCUGGUCCAUUAAUCAGAUCAUCGGCUAUUCGUUCUUUGGCACGAGCGAGAUAUUUGGGCUUGCACCUUCUUGGCUGUUAUGGCUUAGGUACAAUACCAUUUUGAUACUCUAUCCUAUUGGCAUGAUUAGCGAGGUUGGCCUAAUCUUUGUUGCCACGCCUUUCAUGGAGGAAUCUGAGAAGUACUGCCUUAGGAUGCCCAAUAAAUGGAAUUUCUCCUUCGACUAUUACUAUGCGUCAACUCUUCUCACGGUUCUAUAUGUUAUGGGAUUUCCGUACUUAUUCAUGCAUAUGGUCGCUAGCAGGAAGGGAGUCUAAACAAAAGCAAAUACUUAUGAUAAUGUUACCCAAACACGAGCUUUAUACUUCCAUGUUGAGCAAUGAAGUUGAAGAUGGAAAUGCUGCCCAGGCAUGCAUGAGCUUUAUACUACUAUCUUGUGC